AUGGCGGUAUCGCCUCUUCCCUCUCAAAUCCCUCCUAUCACCACUACUGGUGCUCCAAAAUCCCUGGCAAUGAGAAACAUUACAUCUCAAGAAAAUCAGCUUGCGCCUGGUAGUGAUUCUGCAGCUCCGAAACUCUCUAUGCCUGAACCAGAACUGGCAGAGCAGUUAAAUGCCGAUGUACGGCGGAAAUAUGUCAAAGACAAAAAGCUCGGUGAAGGUACAUAUGCAGUUGUCUACCUGGGCCAUCUACGAGACGAUCCUACAUCUCUCGUUGCAAUUAAGAAAAUAAAACUAAAUGCCGAGUACAAGGAUGGACUAUCUAUGGAUGCCAUCCGUGAAGUAAAAUACCUCCAGGAGCUGUCUCAUCCGAAUGUCAUUGCUCUGCAUGAUGUUUUCUCCUCAAAGGAUCAAAAUCUAAACCUCGUUCUUGAAUUCUUACCCCUUGGAGACCUCGAAAUGUUGAUUAAAGAUAACUCUAUCCAGUACGGUGUGGCCGAUAUAAAAGCAUGGAUAAGCAUGCUUGCACGCGGAGUCUGGUUCUGCCAUAAGAAUUUUAUUUUACAUCGUGAUAUCAAGCCUAACAACUUGCUAAUUGCGUCCAAUGGAGAGGUUAAACUAGCGGAUUUUGGUCUUGCUAGAUCCUUUGCUGAUCCAUAUCUAAACAUGACGCAUCAAGUCAUCACGCGAUGGUACAGGCCGUUGGAACUACUAUUUGGUGCUAGGCAAUAUUCUGGUGCCGUUGACAUAUGGUCCAUGGGAAUGGUGUUCGCGGAGUUGAUUCUCCGUGUGCCUUUCGCCGCUGGAAACACAGACAUGGAUCAAAUAUCUAAAAUCUGCGCUGCAUUUGGGGCCCCCACGGAAGAAAACUGGCCUGGAGUGACGAAGCUACCCAACUAUGUCCCCCUUGAAGAGAGCCAUAUCAUACCCCUACAAGGGCGAGAAUUUUUCCUCCGCCAAUUUCCAACAGCAGGGCCUUUAGGUGCUGAUUUGCUUGCCUCUAUGUUAAAACUUGACCCAAGAAAACGAAUCACAGCUACUCAGAUUUUGCAGCAUCAGUGGUGGUUUGCUGAGCCUAAACCAACCAAAAAUGAAGACUUGCCCAGGAAAGCAGGUGGAGAAAAGAAAAUGGGGAACGAUAUGGGCAGGCGAGUUGGUGAGAUUGAUGACGCGAGAUUCAAGGGAGUGUCUCGUCAACUUGAUUUUGGAGCUAUGAAGAAAUGA